GCUAGAGCGGCCGGCGGGAGGAGUAGAGUCGUCCGGGCCGGGGCCAGUCAGCGGCUAGGCUAGAGCGGCUGGCGGGAGGAGUGGAGCUGGAAGCAAAGGUAGACGCUGGGGCAGCUAGAGCGACUCGGAGGCGGGGGUGGGGGACCCGGAGCCGGCGAGCAGAGGCUUCGGUUCUGGCGGCUGCGGUGGAUUCUACUACGAGCAGGAGCAGAGGCCCCAUUGAGCUGCGGAGGCCGGGAUUGGCGGGGAGGCUGUUUACUCACCUUCACACCUGGGCCAGGAAUCUGUGAGUAACCGCCCUGUGCCGCCACCUCCUGCCCCCCCCAACCGUGGCCCCUCCUCUUCCCCAGCCCUGUGGAGCCCAUGGAGGCAGAGGACGUCGCCCGCGGGCUGGCCCCAGGACCACCGCGGCCUGGCCUGGUGCCAGUCAGCAUCAUCGGGGCUGAGGAUGAGGAUUUUGAGAAUGAGCUGGAGACGAACGCAGAGGAGCAAAACAGCCAGUUCCAGAGCCUGGAGCAGGUGAAGCGGCGGCCUGCCCACCUCAUGGCGCUCCUGCAGCACGUUGCCCUGCAGUUUGAACCGGGACCCCUGCUCUGCUGCCUUCACGCGGAUAUGCUGGCUUCCCUGGGCCCCAAGGAGGCCAAGAAGGCCUUCCUCGACUUCUACCAUAGCUUUCUGGACAAGACCGCGACCAUCAUUCCCAGCGGGCACCUGGGCUGCGGUCCUGUAACCCCAACACUGCCUGGUCCUCCCCUUCAUUCCAUUCUCUGUCCGGAGCAGGUUUUGCGGGUACAAGUCCCUCCCACUGUCGCCUUUGAACUUGACCGCACGCGGCCCGACCUCCUCUCUGAGGACGUCCAGCGGCAGUUCGUGCAGGAGGUGGUGCAGAGCCAGCAGGCCGCCGUCAGCCGGCUGCUGGAGGACUUCCGCUCCAAGCGGCUCAUGGGCAUGACGCCCUGGGAGCAUGACCUGACCCAGCUGGAGGCCUGGGUUGGGCGGGACCGGGCCAGCUUUGAGGCGCGGGAGCGGCACUUGGCCGAGCGGCUGCUGACCCACCUAGAGGAGAUGCAACACACCAUCUCUACCGAUGAGGAAAAGAGUGCCGCUGUGGUCAACGCGAUCAGCCUGUACAUGCGCCACCUUGGGGUGCGGACCAAGAGCGGGGACAAGAAGUCGGGGAGGAAUUUCUUCCGAAAAAAGAUGAUGGGCAAUCGACGGUCAGAUGAGCCAACCAAGAGCAAGAAAGGCCUGAGCAUCUUCCUGGACGCUGCCCGCUGGAACCGGGGAGAGCCUCAGGCCCCAGAUUUCCGACACCUCAAAGUCGAGGCUGAUGCUGAGAAGCCAGGCCUUACGGAAAAGAGGGGAGGCCUGGGGGUGCCCUCCCGGGACCGGAACUUUGGGGCUCCUGGGCAGGAUGUCCCUGGAGUUUCUCUGCACCCUCUAUCUGGAGAUAGCCCUGACCGGGAACCAGGUCUUGAUGCCACACCAGAGCUGGGGGACCCGCCCCCACAGGGCCCGGCCAGCCUGGAGCCCCUGGUACCCCCGGAGAGCACCGAGGAGGGUGCUGACACAGAGAGAAGGUGGAAGAGGCUAUCGGGGCGUCUGGGGCGCUCGGAGAGCCUGCGGGUGAGUGACCGCCGCCGGCCUUCCCGGGGCAGCCUCGGGGCUAAGGGCCGGGGUGGGGGCCGCUCCCGGAGUGACGUGGACAUGGACCCCAGCUCUGCCACGGCCGUGCUUGGCCCUGCCCGACGAGCCACCCCUGAGCCUGGAGACGAAGGGGACCCGGGACGGUCAGGACUAGAGCUGGAACCAGAAGAGCCCCCUGGCUGGCGGGAGCUCGUCCCAGUUGGCACCCUGCACAGCCUGCCUAAGAGCCAGGUGAAGCGGCAGGAGGUCAUCAGCGAGCUGCUGGUGACAGAGGCCGCCCACGUGCGCAUGCUCCGGGUGCUGCAUGACCUCUUCUACCAGCCCAUGGCAGAAGGGGGCUUCUUCUCCCAGGAGGAGCUACAGAACAUCUUUCCCAGCCUGGACGAGCUCAUCGAGGUGCAUUCCCUGUUCCUCGAUCGGCUGAUGAAGCGGAGGCAGGAUAGUGGCUACCUCAUUGAGGAGAUCGGAGACGUACUGCUGGCCCGGUUUGAUGGUGCCGAAGGCAAAUGGUUCCAGAAAAUCUCCUCCCGCUUCUGCAGCCGCCAGUCGUUUGCCUUAGAGCAGCUCAAAGUCAAGCAGCGCAAGGAGCCUCGGUUCUGUGCCUUCGUGCAGGAGGCGGAGAGCCGCCCGCGGUGCCGCCGCCUGCAGCUGAAGGAUAUGAUCCCCACGGAGAUGCAGCGGCUGACCAAGUACCCCCUGCUCCUGCAGAGCAUCGGGCAGAACACAGAAGAGCCGGUGGAACGGGAGAGAGUGGAACUGGCAGCCGAGUGCUGCCGGGAGAUUCUGCACCAUGUGAACCAAGCCGUGCGUGACAUGGAGGACCUGCUGCGGCUCAAGGAUUAUCAGAAGCGCCUGGACUUGUCCCACCUGCGGCAGAGCAGCGACCCCAUGCUGAGCGAGUUCAAGAACCUGGACAUCACCAAGAAGAAGCUGGUGCACGAGGGCCCGCUGACGUGGCGGGUGACGAAGGACAAGGCUGUAGAGGUCCACGUGCUGCUGCUGGACGACCUGCUGCUGCUGCUCCAGCGCCAAGACGAGCGGCUGCUGCUCAAGUCCCACAGCCGGACGCUGACGCCCACGCCCGAUGGCAAGACCAUGCUGCGGCCCGUGCUGCGGCUCACGUCCGCCAUGACCCGCGAGGUGGCUACCGAUCACAAAGCCUUCUAUGUCAUUUUUACGUGGGACCAAGAAGCCCAGAUAUAUGAACUGGUGGCCCAGACCGUGUCGGAACGAAAAAACUGGUGUUCCCUCAUCACCGACACUGCUGGAUCCUUGAAGGUCCCUGCUCCCGCCUCUCGCCCCAAAUCCCGGCCCAGCCCUAGCAGCACACGAGAACCCCUGCUCAGCAGCUCGGAGAAUGGCAACGGGGGUGGCCGAGAGAUACCCCCAGGGGACGGCCGAAUGGAGAGAAUCCUCAGCGCCCUCCUGCCCUACUGCAGGCCCGUCCCCGAGGGCCAGCUUGCUGCCAAGGCCCUUGAGAAAGGUAGGCUGGCGGUGCCCAGGCGAGGCUGCCGCUAGCCCGUGUCUCCACCUUGCUUCCCGCCCAGGCCCUGCACCACCACCCUCGGUGGCCCCAAACCCCUCUUCUUUCUGCAGCUUCUGUCCCUCCCUUGACCUUCGGUUCAGCCUCUCCCUGGACACC